GAAGAAGAGAAAUCCAUGAAUCAUGAAGUAAAGAAGAAGAAGAAGAAGAAGAAGAAGAAGAAGAAGGUUUUCUUUUCCAGGCAAGGGCAAGAAGAAGAGAGAGAAAGAGAGAUGAGUUGGUGUACAGUACUAGUAGUUGGUGUGUUACUAAGCUUGACGAUGAACAGUCAUAUUUCUGAAGGAAUCUGGGUGAAUCUACCAAGUACUGGUACUAAGUGCGUUUCUGAAGAGAUCCAGACUAAUACCGUCGUCGUUGCUGAUUAUGUUAUCAUCGAUGAACAAGGCCGCGCGCCUCCCGCUGUUUCUGCUAAGGUGACAUCUCCCUAUGGAAACAAUCUUUACCAUAGAGAAAAUGUGACUUAUGGUCAGUUUGCGUUUACAACCAGUGAAAUUGGUAGCUAUGUAGCUUGUUUCUGGGUUGAGGGUAAUCACGAAUCUGCAACGCUGAAUCUUGACUGGAAAAUUGGGAUUGCUGCUAAAGACUGGGAGUCUGUUGCAAAGAAGGAGCAUAUUGAGGGUGUUGAACUUGAAUUCGCAAAACUUGAAGCAGCAGUUGAAUCAAUUCAUCAGAAUCUACUCUAUUUGAAAUCCAGGGAAGCCGGAAUGAGGGAAGUAAGUGAAAAAACCAAUGCUAGAGUUGCUUGGUUAAGUAUUGUGUCCCUUUGCGUGGGUAUUACGGCUUCAGUUUUCCAAGUGUGGUAUCUGAAGAGCUAUUUUCAGAAAAAGAAACUUAUAUAGUACAUGUCUUCUUCUUUAUCGCAUUACUGAGUAGUCUUCUUUCAGAACUUUGAGCCCUCUUUUCCUUGUAAUUAAGUUACCUAAACUUUUUAGUUCUUUACAAAACAUUAAUUUAUAUACGCAGUGGUAUGAAAUUGCUCUUCAAAUUUAGCAA